UAUCUUCUUCCCCUCGAGGCUCCAGCAAAGUAAAACAAGCAGAGUAGAGUGGCCAAGCGAAGUGUUCCCUUCCCUUGCCUUGUUUUCGCCAUGCCUCCAUUUCCAUCUUCUCUUCAUAUAUUCCACCCGAGCCUGAACCAUUACCUAAAACCUAACUUCUUUUCUCUCAGUUACUUCUCUAUUUCAGCCCCUAAAUUUCCUCUCUCCAGCCAAUUGAUUCCGUUUAACCCUAGAACUCUCUCUUCUGUAGCAACUGCACUUUCCCCAUCGGAGAAUGGCAGUGGAGGCGGAGGAGAAAGGUCGGCCGCGCUGGCUGGUCCGCCGGUACUCGAAAAUUCAGUGCAGAAAAUUGAUGUCAAUCCUCCUAAAGGUACCAGAGAUUUCCCUCCAGAAGAAAUGCGCCUCCGCAGCUGGCUCUUUCACAAUUUCAGAGAGGUGUCGCGACUGUUUGGGUUCGAGGAGGUUGAUUAUCCGGUGUUAGAAUCGGAGGCACUGUUUAUAAGGAAAGCUGGAGAGGAAAUCAGAGACCAGUUAUAUUGUUUUGAAGAUCGUGGAAAUCGUCGUGUUGCACUAAGGCCUGAGCUUACUCCCUCUUUGGCAAGGCUAGUAAUACAGAAAGGAAAAUCGCUAUCCCUCCCAUUGAAAUGGUUUGCCAUUGGACAGUGCUGGCGAUAUGAGAGAAUGACUAGGGGGCGUCGUCGUGAGCACUAUCAAUGGAAUAUGGAUAUCAUUGGCGUCCCUGAAGUCACGGCUGAAGCAGAGCUCAUUUCCUCCAUUGUUACAUUUUUUAAGCAAAUUGGAAUCUCAGCAUCAGAUGUGGGAUUCAAGGUUAAUAGUCGAAAGGUUUUGCAGGAAAUAUUAAGGUCCUAUUCCCUAUCAGAAAAUUUGUUUGCCAAGGUUUGCGUUAUCAUAGACAAGAUCGAGAAGAUUCCAAUUGAUGAAAUUAAGAAAGAAUUGAACUCUGUUGGGAUGCCACAAGAGGGUGUUAACAAGCUACUUGAAGUCCUUUCCAUAAAGUCAUUGUCUGAGUUGGAAGAGAUACUUGGAGGUGCAGGGGAAGCAAUUGCAGAUCUUAAACAGCUGUUCUCACUUGCUGAAAAGUUUGGUUAUUCUGAGUGGAUUCAGUUUGAUGCAUCAGUGGUCCGUGGCCUUGCCUACUACACUGGAAUUGUGUUUGAGGGUUUUGAUAGAGCAGGAAAGUUGAGAGCCAUUUGUGGUGGUGGGCGAUAUGAUCGGUUACUCUCUACUUUUGGUGGUGAUGACCUUCCAGCUUGUGGCUUUGGCUUUGGGGAUGCUGUAAUAAUUGAACUACUCAAGGAGAAGGGUAUCUUACCAGAAUUGAUCCCCCAAGUAGAGAACAUUGUGUGCGCUCUUGAUCAUGAUCUCCAAGGAGCAGCUGCGACAGUUGCUACCAUGCUCAGAGAGAAAGGCCAAAGUGUUGAUUUAGUCUUGGAAAGCAAACCUCUUAAAUGGGUUUUCAAGCGGGCAGCACGUAUAAAUGCACAAAGGCUUAUAUUGGUGGGGAAUACAGAAUGGAAAAAGGGUAUGGUUAGUGUAAAAAUCCUCUCUUCUGGGGAACAAUCUGAGAUUAAAAUCGAUGAGCUAGAGUGACAAAAGGAAGAAUGGAUUUUUUGAUGGUUUCUAUUUACUAUUUAUAUGAUUUUUUUCCUUUUACCAACUUGUUUACUUGUCUAGAUUUUUUAGGUAUAGUUUAAUAAAAAAUUCUUCACUUCACAUCUUCAUAAAACUAUUUUCUUACUGAUCACUGUCAUUUUCCCUUUGAAACAUUAUAAUGACAUGUGGAUUGUUUAGUUUUUAA